AUUUUGGGAAUAGUAGGAAACAUAGAGGAGAGUUGUUUGGUAAAGGUAGGAAGCAACAGCGUUGCGGAAAGCGUAGAGGCGGAGGCGAGUGAUGAUCGAGGUUUGUAUAAAAACCCAGAAUUGAUCAGAUCUCCAAUACUCUGGUUAAUCGGUCACUGACAAUGUCGGGCGUAUCGUUGAAGUGCGGAGACUGCGGAACUCUUCUCAAAUCCGUUGAAGAAGCUCAAGAACAUGCCGAGCUCACCUCUCACUCCAAUUUCUCCGAAUCCACUGAACCUGUUCUCAAUCUCGUCUGUUCUUCUUGUGGCAAACCAUGCCGUUCCAAAACUGAGAGCGAUUUGCAUACCAAAAGAACAGGCCACACUGAAUUUACGGAUAAGACUUCUGAAGUCACCAAACCUAUUAAUUUAGAAUCACCUCAUUCUUCCAAUUCUGCUCCUAUGGAUGUUGAUGCUCAACCUGAAGAAAUGGUUGUCCCCGAGGUUGAUCAAACUCUGGUUCAGGAACUUGAAGGAAUGGGAUUCUCCACAGCACGGGCUACCCGAGCACUUCAUUGCUCAGGUAACUCCAGUCUUGAGAGUGCUGUCAACUGGAUUGUUGAACAUGAGAAUGAUGCUGACAUAGAUCAGAUGCCCAUGGUUCCUGCUAGUUGUAAAAACGAGCCUCCUAAACCCUCCCUUACCGAAGAAGAGAAGAAGGCCAAGUUUCUGGAGCUAAGAGAGCGGGCACGCAAGAAGAAGGAAGAGGAAGAAAGGAGGACGGAAAGAGAGAAAGAAAAGGAAAGGAUUCGAAUUGGAAAGGAACUUCUUGAGGCAAAGCGCAUUGAAGAAGAUAAUGAGAGAAAGCGUUUGAUAGCCUUCAGGAAGGCAGAGAAAGAUGAAGAGAAGAGAGCCUUGGAAAAAAUUCGAAAGAGACUGGAAGAAGACAAGGCUGAAAGAAGACGCAAACUUGGGUUGCCUCCAGAAGAUCCUGCUGCUGCAAAACCUUCUGAACCCGCUGUUGAGGAGAAAAAGAGUGUUUUGCCUAUUAAGCCUGUUACAAAAGCAGAGCAAAUGAGAGAAUGCCUCCGGUCUUUAAAAAAGAAUCAUAAGGACGAGGAUGCCAGGGUAAAGAAAGCAUUCCAAACACUUUUUACCUAUGCAGGCAAUGUGGUGAAGAAUCCGGAUGAGGAGAAAUUCAGGAAAAUUAGACUUAGUAACCAGGCUUUUCAGGAUAGAGUUGGUGGAUUGAAAGGAGGCAUUGAAUUUCUUGAGCUGUGUGGAUUUGGGAAGACUGAAGAUGGCGAAUUUUUGUUUAUUCCCAGGGAAAAGGUUGAUAUAGCUGUUCUGAAUUCAGCUGGUAAAGAACUGCAAUCUGCCAUUGAGAAUCCUCACUUUGGUGUUCUUUGAACAUUUCCUCACCACCUUUUUUCUAGUUUUAUUCAAAGGGCUUUGUAUACGAGUUUGAGUGGAAAGGAGUGACAUUUUGCUCUCUUUUAUAUGUUAUGACUUGAUUCUAUUUAUCUCUGAAAUUUUUAUAUCUUUUGCAACA